AGGAACAGCAGGACUGUUGUACAUCUGUAAACACUGCCAUCUUACUCUCUCUCUCACUCUCUCUCACACACACACACACACACACACACACACACACACACACACACACACACACACACAACCUUCUAUCUUCCCUCCCCUCCAAUUUCACCCUGUUUUUAAAUCUCUUCUGUUUUUCUUUCAAUCCCUCUGUUUUUCUCAUUCUUUAAUCCUGUACAUUUCCCCCUUCUUCUCCUUUCUAUCCUUGCAUGACUCCUCCCUCAGUUUGCACACCCUUUCUCAAACACACUCACACACACGCACAGCUCAUGCAUACGCGCGCUCGCGCACACACACGCACGCCCUCCUCCCCCCAUCGCUGCAGUGUCUCUUAACUGUCUCGGAGCUAAGAAGAGAGGAAACGGCACACCGACCGCAACAGGAAGGGGGACGGAAAAAGACGGACAGCGUGAGCGCUUCAUCAACGCACGCAUGUGUGUGUGUGUGACGGAAAGAGAGACACACACAGAGAGAGAGAGAGAGAGAGAGAGAGAGAGAGAGAGAGAGAGAGAGACAGAGAGAGAUACACAGACGUGAGGAUGUUGGAGAUUCACAUCAAGGCUCACACGCUCCUUAUCCGUCUCUGAAGGAUCAUCUGCGGUGGUGCUGAAUGGACACACGGAACCCAUGUCUUUGGCUGCCUGAGAAGUGUUGGCUUAUGCAACGAAGAAACAGUAGGACAAUCUGGUGCCCAGAAGUCUGAAAAGUGUGUAUAUGUGUUUACAGAGCAUGAUUUCUGCCCAGCUGUAAGGAGAAAAGACAUUUUACAAAGUAAGAACUGAAGCAAUGUUGAAUAACAUCCGAUGCUCGCGCCUGGUGGAAUACCGAGGAUUACUUGCUUUAUAAAAUGUGGGUGGAUGCAGAGGUGCUUUUGCUUGACCUACACUCUUUCUCUCAGCACUGACAGGCUCACUUUAAGCGUUGCUUUCUGGGGGGGUGUCCCCUGGUAUAACCCCCCAGUGUCUGAGAUAUAAAAAGGAAGCCACAUUGGUGAAGCAGGAUUGGAGUCUGUGUUUUUACACAAUGUCCUGGUAUCGAUGAAUGCCAGUUUGUGAUAGUACAAAGACUAACUGUUGAACUUGGAUGCAUGUAGCCUAAAUCCACUUGGCAAGGUGUAAGGCUUGUGCCUUCUCUUUGGACCUGGGUGGCACAAUCAAAAUUGGACAUUUUUUCCUCAACUUCUUCUAUUUUCUCUUCUUUCCAAACCUUGGAACUUGGAACUGUGGUCUGGACUUUUGGGGUGCUGUGGAGUGUGUGGGUGUGUGUGAGUGUGUGUGUGUGCGGGUGCGGGUGUGUAACCCAUAAUUGACCAUGGGGUGCCGUCAGAGUUCGGAGGAAAAAGAGGCAGCCAGACGCUCAAGGCGCAUUGACCGGCACCUACGCUCAGAGAGCCAGCGACAGAGGCGUGAGAUCAAACUGCUGCUCCUCGGUACCAGCAACUCAGGCAAGAGCACUAUCGUCAAGCAAAUGAAGAUCAUCCACAGUGGUGGCUUCAACCUCGAAGCAUGCAAGGAAUACAAACCCUUGAUCCUUUACAAUGCCAUUGAUUCUCUUACACGCAUCAUCCGAGCUCUGGCAACACUCAAGAUUGACUUCCACAACCCUGACCGGGCCUACGAUGCUGUCCAGCUCUUCGCCCUAACGGGUCCUGCUGAGAGCAAAGGGGAGAUCACGCCUGAGCUUCUUGGAGUGAUGAAGCGCUUGUGGGCUGAUUCAGGAGUUCAGGAAUGUUUCCAGCGCUCCAACGAGUAUCAUCUCGAGGACAACACUGCCUACUACCUGAACGACUUGGACAGAAUUUCAGCACCCGAGUACAUCCCGACUGUCGAGGACAUCCUGCGUUCUCGUGACAUGACCACCGGCAUUGUUGAGAACAAGUUUACCUUCAAAGAGCUCACUUUCAAGAUGGUAGAUGUGGGUGGCCAGCGUUCAGAGAGAAAGAAGUGGAUCCACUGCUUCGAGGGUGUAACUGCGAUUAUAUUCUGUGUGGAGCUCAGUGGCUACGACCUCAAGCUUUAUGAAGACAACCAGACGAGUCGCAUGGCAGAGAGUUUGCGUCUGUUUGACUCCAUUUGCAACAACAACUGGUUCACAAACACCUCUCUCAUCCUCUUCCUCAACAAGAAGGACCUGCUGGCUGAGAAGAUCAAGCGCAUCCCAUUGACCGUCUGCUUUGCCGACUACAAGGGCCAGAACACCUACGAGGAAGCGGCCGUCUACGUGCAGCGCCAGUUUGAGGACCUGAACCGCAACAAAGAGACAAAGGAGAUCUACUCACACUUCACCUGCGCCACUGACACCAGCAACAUCCAGUUCGUGUUCGAUGCCGUCACGGACGUGAUUAUCCAGAAUAAUCUUAAGUACAUCGGCCUGUGCUAGGACCAGUGGAUGGGAGGGGAGACGGGAGAGAGUGAGAGAGAGAGAGAGAAAGAGAGAUAGACAGACAGACAGACAGACAGACAGAUAUCUGGCUUCCCUCACUUAAUUGUUAUAGUGCCAUGGAACCAUGAUGAGAACAGGGACAGGACAGGUGCUACCACCUUGAUCAAGCUUUUACUCAUGAUAAGUUAAUGGUUAUGAAUUUGCAACCUGGUAUACAUGUGUUUGCACUGAAUUCACAUACACACACACACACACACACACACACACAAUCACACACAUACAGUACACACAUUUGCUUUUGUUUACUCACAAAAAACUUGGAAUUCGUUGUCAAGUACCGGUUUGACAUGAAAACACCGGUACGUUAAGACGACAGACACCCAAACAACUCCUGUAACCAAUUACUUCCCAAACCUCUAAGAUAGAGCAAGACUAUCUCGUCCGUCCGACCUCACCGUCCGAUUUCUUCUGUUCUGUUCUGUCCUGUCCGAUUUACACGCGUACUUUGGAAUAAGGUUUUUAAAAAAAAAAGUCUUUAAAAGUUUACUUUUUUAAAACAAUCAUUUUUAAUCAUACAUAACUUACACAAGCAAGAUAACAGAAGUCAAAGAGAAAAAGAAAACUUUUCCUUUCGUUUCUUUCCAAAGGUGAAAACUGCCAAUGUACAAUGUUGAAAUAAUGCAGCUUUUUACACGCUAACACUCAGAUCACCCAUAGAAAAUGCUCUUUUGGUUUUCUUUUUGUUUUCUUUUUAUUUAGGUCUUUUGAUUCCAGCUUGAGAGUAAAUGUCUGAUUUUCGAGGAGUGAUACGUCUGAAUAUUAAGUGUUUCGUAAAGAUCCAAAAGAGACGUAAAUAGUGCCAAUGUAAAUGUAAGUAAAUUGCAAACCCACCCAAAUCCAUUUGGGGUUUUUAAUGUCAAAACAUUCAAAUAUGCAUGAUUUUGUUAUUUUGUAAUUUUGAUAAAUUAUAGUUUGAAUUGUUUACUUAUAUUUAUGAUUUUACAAAUAUACUCCCAACACACCCACCCACUCACACACACACACACACACACACACAUAUAUAUCAAAAUCAAAAAAACACUGUGUACACUUGUACAGCUGUUUUUCCGAGAGGUAUUUAUUAAAAAGAGGACUAUAAGCAUAGUCGGUAACUUGUGUCCGGUUCACACUUGGAUCCGAUACGUGAAUAUAAGUCAACGAUAUGCUGGUGAUUGUAACAAAACAAAAAAGCAAAACAAAAAGAAACCAAAAAAGGAUUUUAAAAAGUAUAUGAGCAAAAAAAAAAAAAAAAAAAAAAAAAAAAAAAAACGAAAAAAAAAAAAAAAACAAGAAGAGAGUCUUAUAUAAGCAGACGAAACCUUCCUCUUUGUUCUGCCGUCAUUUCGAGUGGACGUUGUUCUCAGUAUGGUGUGUAAAUAGUAUGUGAGGUGUUUGUGAGAAAAAAAAAAAUUCACUGCGUGAUCGGCAGAAAAACAGGACCACACCAUACUUUUCUUCUCCUCCGUUUCUUUCAUCCUGGUCCUUCUCCUCUUCGGCUACGAUGAUGUGCGACCAUCCCGUGCUAAGGGCUUUAGGCUUGACUUUACACGAUGUCCAAUGAAUACAAACAGACAAAUAUUUAAAACAAAGUAUAAAAGAACAAUAAAUAAAUAUAUAAAUAAAUAAUAAAAAGAUUAUGCAAA